CAUUCUCUGAAGCUCAGAGAGAAACUCGGGAGCAGUGUGUGAUAGAGGAAGGAGCUUAAAUCUCUGCGGUGCAGAGAGGGAAAGCUGCUUUCUUUGCGAAAAAAAAACAAAACAAUCUUCAUCCGCACCUCUUAUUUUUCUUGAUAAAGGGACUUACAAUACAGAACUGCAGCAGGCGAGAGGCUCAGCUGUAGCUAAUGUUUGUCAACAUUUGUAGCGUUUGCUGUUUUGCAAGAAGGAAAAGACAAAUUAGCUUCGUACUUCUGCAGAGGGGCUCAAUUAAGAUUACUUACAGCCUCUAGUUUGCACAGUAUAGCCUACCGAUUAUUGUAGCAGCUGACAAUAAUCUUGAUGACUGCUGUGCAUUACAUUAGUGAAACAAAUUGGACUUUUCUCGUUUCGUUUACCUCAAAGAAGCGUGUCGCAUGUUGUAGAAAUCGAGUUUGCAGCAGUGGACGGAGUAGUUAGUAUACUGCCCCUUGCAUGAAAACAAAAGGCAAGGAAAAAAAGUGAGUUUUGCAGCGUUGGCAAGAACAGCAGCCUAGUUACUCAGAUAAAGAAACUAUGGCUGGAGAGUUGAGCAUGGGGACAGAGCUCCCAGCCAUCCCGCUGGAGCUGGAGUACGUCAAUGACUUUGAUCUGAUGAAAUUCGAUGUGAAGAAAGAGGCUCUGGCCGGGUUGGAUCGUGCCUCUGCCCGGCACUGCAACCGGCUCCAGCCGCCUGGUUCGGUGUCUUCUACUCCGAUCAGCACGCCGUGCAGUUCGGUGCCUUCUUCGCCCAGUUUCAGCCCGACAGAGCAGAAGAGCCACUUGGAAGAGCUCUACUGGUUGCCUAGCGGCGGCUACCACCAGCAAAUGAACCCUGAGGCGCUGAAUCUGACCCCGGAGGACGCGGUGGAAGCCCUGAUAGGGUCCACAGCACACGGCCACCCUCCGCCUCCACACGUUCAGCAGCAGCUCCAGCAAGGCGGCUUCGACGGCUACAGAGCAGCCCACCACCACCACAGCCACGUUCACGGCCAGCAGCACCAUCACCAGUACCCCGGUGUCCCUCACCAUCACGAUGAGCUCGCAGCACACCAUCAUCCGCACGGCCAGCACCAUCACCACCACAGCCAAGAUCUCGACUGCCCAUCCCCUUCCUCGCCGGAGUCCCACCAGGAGCUUCACCAUCGCCACCACCACCACCAGCAGCAGAGUCACCACGGAGGAGGGCUCAGUGUGGAGGACCGCUUCUCGGACGACCAGCUGGUGUCCAUGUCCGUGCGGGAGCUCAACCGGCACCUGCGUGGCUUCACCAAAGACGAGGUGAUCCGCCUGAAGCAGAAGCGCCGGACCCUCAAGAACCGAGGCUACGCGCAGUCCUGCCGCUACAAGCGGGUCCAACAGAAGCACGUCCUGGAGAGUGAGAAGACCCAGCUAGUUAAUCAGGUGGAGCAGCUCAAGCAAGAAAUCAACCGGCUGGCCCGCGAAAGAGACGCGUACAAACUCAAGUGUGAGAAACUGACAGGCAGUAACGGGUUCCGAGAGGCUGGGUCCACCAGCGACAACCCGUCAUCUCCAGAGUUCUUCAUGUGAAUCACCGAGAGCGUUUCACGGGCAGCUCCGUCGAUGAUGUGCAAGAAGUGAAGGCUGGUGUCACAAUGUAACCUGUCAGUAUCAACAGAUUUAUAUGAAGUAUUUAUUUAUACAGAGAAAUCAAAAAAGAAUAAUAAUAAAAACAGACAAUUACCGGCGAAAAUUAUUUACAGAUUGGAAACAUCAGCUGAGGUAACACAGAGACCUAUAAAUAAAUGAACAAAGCAACAAAGAGCAUUUCUGUUAACUUCCAAUUUAAAUGACCAAGUUGCAUGCAAAGCUCUCAUACUGGGUGGGUGAUUAUUCCAGUUUAAGGCUGCUAUAACACAGAAAGACACCUUACCAGAAUUUUAAUUUUGGUGGGAUCAGAGCCUUUUGCCAGUGUAUUUUGUGGACACAUUAUUGAUUACAUAAUUGCUGCAUCCUCUCUUCUCAGUGUUCCCUUUGCUGUAGUGGAGAACCCCUCAUACACUAACAUUCCCUACAGCAGUUUCUGCAGGACCUUUACAGAACAGGAGGUCUUUUUCAUGGUUCCCACUCCGAUCUGCAUUAACCUGCUUUGAGGUUGAGUUGAUUCUCCCACUGGGAUAAGCCACAGCUGUAUUAUUUUACUGUAUCAGGGAAUCUGUCUGAAUUGCAUCAAUCAUUCAUAUUUAAGGGUAAUCGCAUGAUAACUAUAGAUGGAAUCCAGGGAAUCCCAAUGUAGUUAAAACAAACAAAAACAAAAUCCAGCUGCGGUUUAUCCAGGCAGGUAUAGCUUGAUCAAAUGAACCCCGCAGCCUAAGCAGUGCUCACCCAGUGUUGACCACCCCCAUCUUCUUCACAUUUCCAUAGAACUGCAAACAGCCUUGCACAUAAUCCAGGCUUUACUGUAUUCUAAUGAACUAUGGCCCCUCUUAUAACCAUGAACUGACAUCAUUCUGCCUUAAACAUUCUGUCUCUCAUUCUUUCUCUCUGCCAGUUUGCUACUCAGUUUUGACCUGCCUACUUCAGACGACAUCCAAAGCAAACAACAAAUAUGAUAAAGAAGAUAGUUUGCGAUUGACCGAGACUGGAGAGUCAAACAGAAGUCAAUACAAGCAAGCUCUUCUGCCACACAGGACAGAGACCAGGGUUGGUUUUAAAUAAGGGCCUGGAUGUUUCUUGGAACAAAACCGCACUUUUCUAUGCAAAAAGAAAACCCUGUUACCGGCAUACAGUAAAAAUCUCAAUUGCCCCACUUUACAAGAGGUGACCCACAUUUUCAAUCUCCCCUCUCUUACAAAACUAUACAAGUGAGGUUUGUGUAGUACACUAUUUUGGAAAAUUCUUUGGUGUAGAGCCACAGAAAUAUUCUAAGUAGUUUGCAGUAGUUUUUUAGGGCAGUUCCUUACAAAAAUAUCAUAGUAGAACUAGUUUCCGAUGACUCCCUCAUAGAUUCGUAUGAGGCAAUGUGAGCCUGGAUCCUUUUCUGUGUCAUUUUUGUAAGAGCCAGCAGGCACAGCAUGGCUGUCACAGAAGACCAUGCAUGCAUUGGCUGGUGUUUAAAGCAAACUCGAGAUACCUUGAAUAGUACAGUCAGCAGCACAAAGACAAUGGGCAGUGACAGUAAGCAUUCAAACCUGGAACCCCGAAACACCAUCACAAUGUACCAGAAAAGGGAGGAAUGGGCAGAAAUGAAAUAAAUAGUUUUUGUUUCACAGUGAUCCCGCAGUUAAGAAACCCAAAUGUUUGUUGCUUGAUGAUGGUUGUUAGUUCACUUCAGAGAGUCUGGAACUGCUUGAUUCUAUGAAGUGUAAUAGAAGGAAAAGCCUGUGUCAAGUGUUUAAUUUGUGAUUGAACAUCCCUAAAAAAAGCAGAAACGAAAGACAUCUUUUAGUGGGAAAACAAGUUAAGGUACAGAAUUAAUCUCUCAGGCAAACACAGCGAUUUUAUUAAAAAGGUAUUCUUUUACUUCAUCAAGAAUGUUAAUUAUUCUAUCGUAUAUAUCAGUCUAGAUUGGGAUACGUUAUAUCUCGGUUUUCCUUCCACACCUAAUAUGAAUCCAUUCAUAAUGCAGUGUUUUUUGUGAAUUAUUUGUUAUGUUGUUGUUUUAUGCAUGGUAUAAGCAUUUUCAGAAAAGUUUCAGUGAGCCAAAAUUGAGUAUGAUCUUUUGCAUCAGUAAAACAGUGCAAAACAGAGUUUGUAUAAAAAAGUUAACUUGCAUUUUUUACUUUUCAUUCCUUGGCAUGCAAUUUGAAUAUUGGCAUUGAUUGGGAAUCCUGUUUGAAUAUGUAUUUAAAAAAAAAAAAAAGUAAUCUUGAUUGAAUGCUUUAUGAAUCUAAAGAAGAACAGCUCAAUUUAAUGGCUGAGAAUGGUCUCUGAUGCACAAUGACACAACAAGUAACUGUGGAGAUUCUGGUGGUCUCAACACUGGGAUCUCAGCUCCAAAUUGACUGUCAGUCUAACCCUGAGAGGACAGAUCUUCACUCAGUCCACAAAAAAUAAAAAUCAUACUACGAGCGUGCACUCCAAAGGUAAUAAAGUGAUUUCUCAUUGUUCAUAAAAACAAUUUGAGAUCCUGUGGGGAUAAAAAGAUAAGGGAAACUACAAAUAAUUAAGUCAGCGCUAAAAUAAAUACUUCUUGUUUGGCAGAGACCAUACAUGGGGGAAUUAGGACCUGGUAGAGGUUAUCGAAGUCAGGACCAACUCCAGGCUUAUUUAAUGGACUAAUUAGCUGAUUAACGAUGUAUAAAAGGUGGGUUGAGAAUGGGUGAUAGUGGGUGAUGGUAGGAGUUUGGUUGGUAGAGUGGGAAAGUAACCGUGUUAUUGUGAAACUGGAAAACGAACUAUUGGAAAAGGUAUUGGACUACGAGUUGGAGUUGUGAUUUGGUUGUGGUGACGAGGUAACAGGCUUAGCCUGCCUCAUUAUUAGUGAGGCACAACAUCUGUUUAGAUAGGGCCCGAGAUCUGGUUAGGUUUUGUUUUGUUUAUUUUCUUUUGUUGUAAAUAAUAAACGCACACUACAGCGUUUUCUGGCA